AUGGACGAGGAGCAAGCUUACGCGUGUGCUGCAUGCUCAUUCACUGCAAAAGAAGAACGAGACCUAGAAGAGCACUCGAAAGUGCACGAGCUAGGCGAACAGUGCCCAUUGUGCAACGAGCGUCCACCCGUGCUCAAUCUGCACCUCAUCCAGGAACACAAAAUCGCUGAAGCUGCCGUGGAGAGAUUGCUCGCCGUGCACAAAGCGGACAUUCUACCUGUCGCCGGUGAUCAAUUCGCUUUCCGUUGCCCCUCGUGUCCGUUAGCAUUCAAAAACGAGACCGGUCUACAGCAACAUUCUUUGAGUCACGUGUUCAAGGGUCAACAUGCUUGUCCAUUUUGUGGCCAGGCGGGCGAGUCGGCCGACGCACUCAUCGACCACAUGAACAAGGAACAUCCUGAAGAGGAGAGAAAGCUUUACUGUGAGUUGUGCGUUGAACAAUUCGCGGACAAAACCCAAAUGUUGGCCCAUCUCAACUCGGUUCAGCACUUGCACAAAGCGAAGCGACAUCUCGAGCAAGGGGGAAUCGAUUUGAAUAAUCAGCUUCAAUCGCUCACCUCUCCACUUUCACCGAUCGAGCGGAAACCAUUUCGAUGUAAUUUAUGCAAAUUGAGUUAUGGACAAGGAGCAACGCUAGACAUUCACUUGAGAUCGGUGGCUCAUCAAUCGAGAAUAGCCAAGAUCUCCGAGUUGAUCCAAUCGGCUGAAGUGGACGCUUCAAAGCCGUUAACCGAACAACCGUCCGGUCCACUCCAAAAAACGAUUGCCGAGGUGGCUCAAGCGAAAGAAGAAGAGGCAGCCCAGCAAGCAGCCUCAAAUCCAAUGGCCAUGUUCAACAACAUUCUCAAUAUGGCUCAACUGUUCAACAUGAAACCUGGACUAUUGCCCUCUACCUCAACCCUUGACGAUGAUGAAACCGCUCCGAAAUCGGUGGCCACGCUGAGGAAAAUGAUCGACGCAAUUGGCGUUGAAGAGUUCCCUGACUCGAUGAAUUUGCUUUUACAACGAUUGGAUGAUCUCUCCGAUGAUUAUGUGAGCGAUUUGGUGAAAGGCGACUGUGAGACGUGUUUUCAGUCGUUCACAAGCAUCUUAACACUUAAAGCUCAUUAUGAGGACACGCACGAGAUGAAUAUUCCGAUGAGCGUUUUGGAAAACUUUGUCACUCGAUUAUCGAAAGCUGUUGAUGAGGCUGGAGAAGAGUCAAAUCCUGGCUCUGGUGAUGGGAGCCGAUCUGUUUCCAGGGAUAACUCAGAACCACCAGAAAAGAAAUCUCGUGGUGAAAACGAUGUCCACCUUGGAGAUCAGACAGCCCAAAUGGCCCUUCUGAAUAUGAUGCAAGGUUUCCCGUUUCUCCAGCCGAAUCCAUUUAUGCCAAUGGAUGGGUUUUUUAAUCCAUUGCUUGCACAACAAAUGGCCGCUCUCCAAGCCGCCUCAUCGCCAGCGAAACGAGCUCGCACUCGAAUCACCGAUGAUCAGCUAAAGGUACUUCGACAGUAUUUCGACAUCAACAACAGCCCCACCGAGGCUCAAAUCAAAGAUAUGAGCGUGAAAACGAUGUUGCCCGAAAAAGUCAUCAAACACUGGUUCAGGAACACAUUGUUCAAAGAAAGACAACGUGACAAGGAUUCUCCAUACAAUUUCUCCGUUCCCCCACAAAUGAGCAUCGAUUUGGACACUUAUGAGAAAACUGGAGAGGCGAAAGUCGUUUCAUUGACGCCGGAGCAAACGAAUGGCGCCACAACGCCAACGUCGAGCACGAAUUCUGUUGAAAAAGAGUUCAAACAAGAGGUGAAAUUAGAGCUAAAGGAGCCUAAACCACCGGCUACUCUACAGGCUUUACCCGAGCCGCCAAAUUUAGCUGCUUUAAUUGGAAAUCUUCAACAACAAAACCCUUUCUCGUUUAUGGCUGAUAAAGAAGCUUUUAGCAGUUUGCUGGCCGGUGCAAUGCCUGGCCUUGCUCAGGUGCAACAGCCGACAGCCGGUCGACGAGCGAAUCGAACGCGUUUCACCGACUAUCAACUCAGAACUCUGCAACAGUUUUUCGACAAACAGGCCUAUCCAAAAGAUGACGAUCUUGAAUUGUUAUCGAAAAAGCUGCAAUUGUCACCUCGUGUCAUUGUCGUGUGGUUUCAAAAUGCGAGGCAAAAAGCUCGAAAAAUCUAUGAGAAUCAGCCAAAUGCUGAAAAUAGUGAGCGCUUUGUGCGGACACCGGGCUGCAAUUUUCAGUGUAAACGCUGCAGCUUGGUCUUCCAGCGUUACUAUGAAUUGAUCCAACAUCAGCAGAAGAAGUGCUACAAAGAUGAUUGUCAGGCCCAACUCCAAGACAAUAAAGGCGUCGAGGGGCAUUUGACCGAAGCGGAAAAAGAGCAGUUGGCGUGCAAUCAAGAGACACCGGCUCCUGAAUCGCCGGCUCUCCCCGAUCCAGCCGAAUUGCUGAAGCUUUUGGGCCAAGGGAAGAGCUCGACCGAGGCUCUACUCAAAAUGUGUGAAUCAGCUCGCAUCCCGAUCACUCCUGGAAAUCCAUUACCCACCCCAUCUUCUUCAUCAACUCCAUCAAAUUUCCAUAAACGUUGCCCAUUUUGUUGCCUCCUUUUCCGCUCCCGGCAAUCACUUUUGGAGCAUCUGCCGACGAAGCACAACUUGCAAAUGCAACGAGUACCCGUUGAUGUCGAUUUGUUGCCGAAUGCGGAUGAUGUCCCGUCACUCUCUUCAACGCUUCUAAGUGGCGAUGGCUCGGCGCCACUUGAUCUCUCUUCGAAUGGAAGUCAUGAGAGAAAUGAAUCGCUAUCCGUUUCACCAUUUCUCGGUGCAGGAUCGGAUGUGGAUGACGCGUGCGAAGACAUUUUCUCGGCUUUAGCUCAACAAUCGAUGCACUCCUCUCAAGGAGACUCGAGAAGUCCAGCGAAUAACAAACGCUACCGUACCCAUUUAACCCCAAUACAAGUACAUGUGAUGAAAUGCAUCUUCACCGAGUACAAAACCCCGUCAAUGGCCGAGUGUGACAAGUUGGGACGAGAAAUCGGACUUCAUAAAAGAGUCGUGCAAGUGUGGUUCCAAAAUGCUCGAGCUAAAGAAAGAAAGACGAGAAUGCAAAAUGGUCAAGACGAAGAGGUGAGCAGGCCGUUGCCCCGCUCGUGCACUUAUUGCUCUAUCGAGUUCUCGCCAACUGUUUCACUUCAGGAUCACGUCUUCUCGCCGCCACAUUUAACAAUGUUGCGCUCGUUGCACAAAGGUGAUGAUGCCGAUGUUCGACCAACUGAUGAGAAUGGAUUGAGAAGCCGAGCCCCAAUCGUUAGAGACUCGUCACCGAAGAAAGCCGCCGCACCGCUAAACCCUCAAGAGUUUCCAUUCAAUCUACUCAAUUUCGGGAUUCAACCAGGAACCCUUCCGAUGCUUUACGAUCCGACCGUCAUGGGAACACCGAUCCCGUUGCUGCAAAUCCCCGAAACGGUCAUGCAACAGAUCAGCACCGAUUUAAGCGAAGGACGCAGCUCGACAAAAUUCACCCAAGAUGGGCUCACCUUUGACGCGCUCGUCUCCGGCUUGGCCGAAGAAGAUGCCAAGUGUGCGGCUCCGAAAAACUCGGAGGUCGGUUGGGCUUGUCCGAGGUGCACGAACGUCUUCCAACAGGAAACACUUCUUGCUGCGCAUCAACGCUCGAUUUGCUCCCGAUCUGAGGGUCAUUUGACGCUAGUGCAAACGCACUACGAGUGCCUCGCCUGCGGCACUCAUUUUGGCACUCAACAAGAUUUCAAGGCCCACCUUUCCACAGAUGAGCACCGGAUCGCCAAAGCGAUUCUUUUCCCGGCCGUCUCCUCGAAAAACACCUCAAACACGAGUCCCCUGGAGUCUUUC